GCGCCUUCCCGGCGUCGCGAGUUAAAGGCAGCACCGGGCGGGGAGGAGUGUGGGUGGCUGUCUUGUUUUAGGGACCGUAGUCGGUGAAACAGCACUGCGGCCAUGGCAGAACCGCAGCCUGCAUCCAGCGGCCUCACCGACGAGGCUGCCCUCGGUUGCUGCUCUGAUCCGGAUCCCAGCACCAAGGAUUUUCUGUUGCAGCAGACCAUGCUACGAAUUAAGGAUCCUAAGAAGUCAUUGGAUUUUUAUACUAGAAUUCUUGGAAUGACGCUACUCCAAAAAUUAGAUUUUCCCACUAUGAAAUUCUCACUCUAUUUCUUGGCUUAUGAGGAAAAGAAUGACAUCCCAAAAGAUAAAGAUGAAAAAAUAGCAUGGGUAUUCUCCAGGAAAGCUACACUUGAACUGACACACAAUUGGGGCACAGAAGAUGAUGAGACCCAGAGUUACCACAGUGGCAACUCAGACCCUCGAGGAUUCGGUCACAUUGGAAUUGCUGUUCCUGACGUACAUGGUGCGUGUAAAAGAUUUGAAGAACUGGGAGUCAAAUUUGUGAAGAGACCUGACGAUGGUAAAAUGAAAGGCCUGGCAUUUAUUCAAGAUCCCGAUGGCUACUGGAUUGAAAUUUUGAAUCCUAACAAAAUGACAACUAUCAUUUAGUUCUGUGAGAAUACUGCUUUGUGAUUUUAGUGAAGACCUUGUGGGAGGUAAAAAAGGAAAUGGUGUAAUUCAAGAUAGACAACAGAAACAUCUAGGACUAAAGAAUCAUUGUCCCAAUUCAGAUUAUUCUGAAGUCCAUUCCCCUUUUCUAUUUCAGCCUAUGUUUUUCACCUAAUAAUUCAGUCACUGUGGUUUUAAAGUAGUGCUUUGUCUUAUGUCCUUGAAUGUAGUUAAAUAACUUUACUUUUUUAUGUAAUAAUUAGAACAGUUCCUUUCA